AUGUUUACCAGAGGUGCUGUUUCAGCCAUGUCUCUUUUUCGAGGAUCAGAGUCAAGGAUGUUCCUUGCUCCUCUGAGAAGUAUUUCAGCUUUGAGCAACAGAGCGUCUCUGCUUCGUCCAAGGUUACGUGUUGGGAGUCGAUCGCUGAGUAGUCAAGAAGCUACAUCAGGUAAAACUAUUUUCAUUAACUUUCUUUUAAGUUAGUAAAGCCUAUUAGUUUUGAGCGAUGUUUCUUAUCGCUUCAGGCUUACUCGUAAAAUUAGCGUGAUGAUCUGUUUACAUUCACCGUAACAAAGUGAAAAGUUCUUCAUGUAAGCUGUCGUACAUUUGCCAGAUAACCAUUUGAAAGAGACAGAACAUUAAUGAUCUAUGUAUAGCAAUUAUUUUUCUCUUUUACUUCCUCUUGUGUGUCUCAUGCCUUCCCACUCACUCCACGUGUUGUACAGGCUGAUGGUAUGUUGAACUCCCCUUCCUGCUUCCCAUACCCUGCCCUUCCAACCUUUGUCUUCCAACUUUGGCCCUUUGAUGUCUGACAGGAAUGUAUAACUUAAAGUAGUAGUAAUAUUUUAUUUAUCAACCAAAUUUUGUACAGUUUCCUCUAUUAACUAAUGACUUAAGUACACAUGCACACAAAAAUGAAUGUAUCAACAACAGAUAAAUUUGAACUUUAAAAAUUAUUCUCAACCAGCUGUGUUUUAGAACUGGUUGCAAUUUCCAAAGUCACAAAUUAGGAUACAUAUAGCAGGGGCACUCAACGAGAAUAUAGUUCAAAACCACUUAAACAUAGCAUUGUUAAACGUAUUUUAGUAUUUAAACGGUAGAAAUAGGCAUAUUUUUAUCCCCUAAAAAUUUUUCAUCUGUUCGGAUUUCCUAGCUGAAAGUCUCGAGAUCCAAAAAUCAUAGGGAUCAAAACUAACCUUUUCGAAAAUUUCAGCCAGAAAAAAGGCUCCUGAAAAUUCUAGGUGAGCUUUUUAGGGUAAAAAUCCGUUAAAAAUGGGCAAUUACACCAAUUUUUAGAUGUUCGAAAAUCCUAGGAGAGGUAGGCAAGCAAGAAAUUUUACAAAAAAUGUUCCGAAAAUUCUAGAUCUCAAAUCGUCUUCUGAACAGAUAUUUUCCGAAAAUUGACGUUGUGUGCCCCUGAUAUAGUUACAUUUAUUUUAAAUUCUUUAGUAGAGAACUGUUUUCAUCUACCAUAGAGGCGGAAGGACAGGCAAUGUUCUACAGUGGACUUGAUAUAGUUUGCUGUAUUUUGUUUUAGGAUCUCAAGUGCCUACUAUGCAUAAUGUAACAACUGUGGACAGAAUCAGCCUCAUCUUAACAAGAACUAUGAAACCACCAAUACCAUCUGAAGUUCCGUAAGUCUGAUUUAAGUUUACUGGACAGGGCUGUGUUUUAGCAGCAACUGGAGUGCCCUGGUGCCUGACUUUUGCUAUGAGUAACUAGGAAAUCUCAGUCAGUUUUUGCAUGUAAGUAAUAUGCUGGGCACCCUGGAUUUCAGGUUCAGAGCAUUUGGAUCCCUAGAGUUUUUUCUUAGAGCACAGCCUUGCUGGAAUAUCAGUACCCAUAUUCUGAAUACUGUUCUUGAUGCAUUUCUUUUGUGAAGAUUCUGUUGGAAAUGAAAAUUAUUCUGUAAAAAUACUUUUUUACUUUAUCAGAUGAUGCAUCAUUUUCUGAAUAAAGAAAUUUGUUCUAGAUUAUGGGAUAUUGCAUAUGAUUUUUAAAAUCAAUAGCAACAAAUCAUUAUUGUGCAAAAUCACACCAUUGCCUAACAUCAGAAGCCCUGGAUAGUUAAAAACAUGGGAAAGAAACCUUGUGACAAGGAAUUAGAUGAACAAAAUCAAAAUUAAUCAGGACGUUACAUGUCGAUAGAAAUCGAUCAUUGGAAAGCUAAUUGACAAGUGAACAGUGCUCAAUAUUUGUCAAUAAUUAUUGCCUAUUGAUAAAAAUCAAUAGGACAGGUAAUCAAUUUUGAUAGACUUCUGAAACUUUUCAAAGAAUAUCUGUUGUGGAUUUAUGCAAACUUUAUGCAAAUGCUGCAUGAGGAGAAGGAUUUGGAUGUCGGAAUUCUUCAAACACAAAUGGAUGCUACUCGUUUCAAACGGAUAAAAAACCAUUCAGAUAGAGGAGUUCUGGCUCAUAGUUGCAUCAUGGAUAAUCAUGGCAAGAUGGUGGGAAAUUCAAAGAUUUGUUUUGGAAUUCAAAGCUAGCUAAUUCUUCCUGAAUUCAUUUAUUAGCCAUGCUGUUCUCUUUGAAAACAGUAACUUACAAGUUCAAAGAAUUGAUACACUAAAUCUGGAGUGCAAAGAAGUCCGUGAUCAGUUUUUAGAAAACCUUGAUUUCUCCUUACAUUUUCUGUGAUUCGACAGUAUUAAAAUUAGAUGAGCAUGAACUCCUCUAUGAAUGUUGCAAAUGCUCAACUAGACUGUCAAGAAAGUCCUUCAUUCAGUUUAAUAAUGGUGCAAACGUUUUGAACCGAUGUUAAUAUUUUUCUAAUGGAUAUUGAAACUGUUGCUUCUGAUCCUUUUUAUCUACCAAUAGUUUGCAGAAAAAAUUGAACUCCAACACCAAUUUUGAUAAAAAUCAAUCAUCACACACAAUUUUAUGAUCAACUUUUAUCAGUUUCAGAUAUCUGUCGAUUGAUUAGUGUCAAAAUUAUCAACAUGUAAUGUCCUAAAUCCCUCUAUUACUUCUUUUAACAGCUUAUGACUGAAGGCAAGUCUCUUUUAUCUUUUUCUUUAUACAGGGUGACGACAAUGGAACUUGCAAACAGUCGUCGGCGUAUAGUCGUCAAUGCCACAAUGGGAUUCCUGUUUCUAUGUGGUUCUGUCGCAAUUAUUCAAGAAUACAGUAAGCGUCGCAAGGAGCAUACAUUGGUGUCACUUCAUAACAGAAAUGUGCAAAGAUAUGAAAAACUGAAAGAGGAGGAAGCUGCCACUGAGACUGGAAAUGAAAAGUAGCUGAGAAGUGAUUUAUUACUUUCAAAUAAUAAUUUAUUUUUAACCCUAGGUUUUCAGCAAACUACAGAAAUGACUGUUUGAAGCCUAGCUUUAACUAUGAUAAACUACGUAUUUUAAAAAGUUUAAUAAAAUUCUACUAGUUUAGUAUCACAAAGUAUGAUCUGAUUGGCUAACAUACUUGCUAUCAAUCAGCUCAUGGAUGGCAAGUAGAUCAAGUCAAUCAGAUGACUGGAAACUGUUCAAAUAGCUGUUCUCCCGCUAGCUGUGAUUGUUCAAGCUGUUCUUUCUCCCAGCACUUCUUGAUUGAAAAGAAGGACAGAACUCUUGUCUGAAAUGCUCUGGAUAAAAACACAAACACGAAGAAACCUUUGUUCAUUGUCAAGUCC